UACACACGAGAGAACAUACUACAUACUAGUCUAGAGUACACGAUGGAUUUUUAUUAUAUAAAUGAUAUAAAGUGAUAGUAAUUCGCAUGAUUAAUAGUGUUAACAUAAGAAUUAUGUAUUUUAAUUAUAUUAUUCUGCGCAAUUCGACAAAAAAAAUUUAAAAGAAUAGGUUAAAAUCGGUACAGCGUUUCAGUCUAAUCAGAAAAACAAUAUUAAAUGAUAAGUUAUAUCAAAUCUGAGAUGUAAUCAAAAACAUUUUAUAUCGAUCGAUUACAUUUCAAAUCAAAAUAGGUUAUUUUUCUAGAAAUAAAAAUUAUACACCCAAGAUUUUUAUAUACAACUUUUAUGAAAAUGGCGAAUAAACCGAAAGUUUUAAUUACAAGACCGGAUAUUCCUGGUAAAGGAUUAAAUCUUCUCUAUGAACAAUGUGAUGUUGUUUUGUGGAACAAGCAAACUCCUAUUCCUCGCUCAGAAUUAUUAUCGAAAGUGCCUGGAGUAUCCGCUAUAUUUUGUACAUUAACUGAUAAAAUAGAUGAAGAAAUAUUAAAUGCAGCAGGAGAAAAAUUACAAGUAGUUGCUACAAUGUCAGUUGGUACAGAUCAUUUAGAUUUAAAAGCAUUAAAAAAUAAGAAUAUUAAAGUUGGAUAUACACCGGACAUAUUAACUAAUGCUACAGCUGAAUUAAUCGUAGGAUUGCUCUUAGCAACUUCCAGAAGAUUAUUGGAAGCAAAUAAAGCAGUCUAUAGAGGUGAAUGGAAAGCUUGGGCACCGACGUGGAUGUGUGGUACAGGAUUAUCAAAAUCAACUGUUGGUAUUGUUGGACUUGGUCGCAUUGGAUGUAAAGUAGCCGAGUGCUUAAAACCUUUUGGCGUAUCUAGAAUUUUAUAUGCAAGUAGAACUAUAAAACCAGAUGCUUCUAAAUUUAAUGGAGAAAAAGUUGAAUUAGAUAAGUUACUAGAAGAAAGUGACUUUGUUAUAGUUACCAUAGCUUUAACACCAAACACAAGAGAAUUAUUUAAUACUGAAGCAUUUGAAAAAAUGAAAAGAUCUGCUAUAUUUAUCAAUGCUAGUCGUGGAGAAGUUGUUAAUCAAAAAUCAUUAAUAGAAGCUCUAAAAAAGGGUACGAUUAAAGCUGCUGGAUUGGAUGUUAUGACACCUGAGCCAAUUCCAUUGGAUAGUGAACUUUUAAAAUUAGAUAACUGCGUGGUUUUACCUCAUAUUGGAAGUGCUACUAUUGAAACAAGAGAAGAAAUGGCAAAAAUAACAGCAGAAAAUAUUUUAGCCGUUUUAAAAGGUGUAACUGAUGAAAUGCCAGCACCACUUAAUCUAUAAAUUAAAUCCUAUUCCUUUUUAUAUUAAAAAUAUCAAUAUUUUUUAAGAUUUAUUUCUUUUAAAAUAGCAUCAUGAUAAACAUUAUAUGUUCCAUUUAUAUUACAUUAUAUAAAAAAUAAAAUCAAAAUAAUUAAAAGCAUUA